GGUCGGAAUGACCUCCAAAGACCAUUAUCUUAUAGUCAGGGUGGCACAAUAAAUCUUCAAAAUACACCGUCACCUGAGUGACAGACAUGAAGGUGACGCCAUUUGCCCGGCAGAGGGCGCCCAUGCUACCACACAGCUCUGACGUGUCGUUGUCUUGGAAAUAGUCGCAUAGAAACGCAGGAGGACGCCGACAGCUGAGCCACACAACCAGAGCCGCCGCGCUUGCUCUCCUCUCCUGCCACAAGUGCCCGGCACUGUGCGACUCUCGGACCCGGAGCGACUGAACACUCGCAGCCGCCGCCGCCAUGCCUCUGCCGGAGACCAUGUUCUGCGCGCAGCAGAUCCAUGUGCCCCCGGAGCUGCCUGACCUGCUGAAGCAAUUCACCAAGGCGGCCAUCAGGACGCAGCCCCGGGACGUGCUGCAGUGGGCAGCCGCUUACUUUGGGAGCCUGUCCCGAGGAGAGACUCUGCCAGUGAAAGAUCGGGCUGAGAGCCCCGCAGCAACCCAGAGAACAGACACCGGCCUCACCCCGGGUCUCCUGAGAGUGCUGCACAGGCAGCUGUGUGCCGGGGUGAUGGUGAGCAGGGAGGAGCUGGAGGAGAAGUGGAGGGGCCUGUGCAUCCCCCUGGCACAGCUACACAGCAUCCUGGAGCUGGAUGAUUUUGGAAGAGAAGUGGAUUGGCUGAAAUUCCUCGCCCUGGCCUGUAGCACCUUGGGUGGGAGCAUCACCGCUGCCCUGAAACAUGCCUGUGGCAUCCUGACCGAGGACCCAGAUGGUGGUGCCUCCCGCAUCCCCUUCCAGACCUUCAUUUUCCUUUACAAGUACCUGGCCCAGGUAGAUGGCGAGAUACCGGAGGUGCAGGUGGAAGAUGCGCUGCGUGCCCUGCAGGCUGAUGCGGACAGACAAGCUAAUAUGAUCCAGCCAAGAAAUUUUUUAAGUGCGCUUUGUCCUCCUCUUUCUUAAGAAAAAUGUGGAGUCUCAAAAGCUGGAGACAUGAGAAUGUAAUGGCUAUAAAUAUUGUAUGUGGUUUAUUCAGAAUAAAAACCAGGAAAAAACA